AUGGCAUCGCAUCAAGCUCAUACUAGACUCUUCUCAUUGUCGUCUCAGCUUGGAGGUCAGGCGCCCGUAACUACUUCCAACUGUGGAUACAUUACAAACCACGACACAAUCGACAAUCCUGCCGACACACCCAACUUCCUGAACAACGCCUUCGUUCCUUCUAAAGCAUCAGAAUGGAUCCAAUUACAUGACCCUGCCACCAACCAGCCCGUUACUCGGGUUCCAGAGAGCACCGAUGAGGAGCUUCAACAGGCCGUUGAUUCGGCUGAGCAGGCCUUCCCUGCCUGGAAGGCAACUAGUCUCUUGAAAAAGCAGCAGAUCAUUUUCAGACUAGCUGCUUUGAUAAGAGAAAACAUGGAUCGCUUAGCGUAUUCAAUCACGCUGGAGCAGGGAAAGACUGUCGCCGACGCUAAGGGUGACGUUCUUCGCGGCCUCCAAGUAGUUGAAACUGCCUGCGGCAUCACAACGCAAAUUCCUGGGGAGGUCUUGGAAGUUGCAAAGGACAUGGAAACUCGCUCGUACCGGGAACCCUUAGGUGUGGUCGCCUCUAUUUGCCCUUUCAAUUUUCCGGCGAUGAUUCCUCUGUGGUCCAUUCCCAUUGCGACCAUCACUGGCAACACAGUCGUUCUCAAGCCUUCAGAGAAGACGCCUGGCGCUUCCAUGAUUAUUGCUGAGCUCUGUAGCAAGGCUGGCUUUCCUGAAGGUGUUAUAAAUAUCAUUCAUGGUGGCAAACGAGCAGUAAACUUCAUCAUUAACGAUCCAACCAUUAAUGCUAUCUCUUUUGUUGGCUCUAACCAGGCUGGAGAGUACAUCUAUGAGAAGGGAUCUGCUAUGGGAAAGAGAGUACAGGCUAACCUUGGAGCAAAGAAUCAUGCACUAGUUAUGCCGGAUGCGAACAAGAAUCUAGCACUCAACAGCAUCGCUGGUGCUGCGUUCGGCGCUGCUGGUCAGCGUUGCAUGGCUCUGAGCGCUCUGGUGACCCUUGGCGACACAAAAGAAUGGAUACAUGGCCUCGCUGAGCGCGCCAAAAGCCUUCAGGUUAACGGUGGCUUCGAAGCAGGAGCUGAUCUCGGCCCGCUGAUUUCACCAGAGAGCCAAAAGAGGGUGGAAGACCUUAUUGCCAGUGCUGAGGCAGAGGGUGCUACUAUCCUCAUCGAUGGAAGAGGUUACAGGCCAGCGAAAUACCCCAACGGAAACUUUGUUGGUCCGACCAUCAUCACCAACGUCAAGCCGCACAUGAAGUGCUACACUGAGGAGAUCUUCGGUCCAGUACUAGUGUGCUUGCAUGCUAGCAACCUCGAUGAAGCCAUUAAGCUGAUCAACGAUAAUCCCUACGGUAACGGUGCUGCGAUCUUCACGAGAUCCGGCGCAGCAGCGGCAAAAUUCCAGAAAGACCUUCAGGCCGGACAGCUGGGCAUCAACGUUCCCAUUCCUGUCCCACUGCCCAUGUUCUCCUUUACUGGUAACAAGAAGUCCAUCGCUGGAGGUGGCUCGUUGAACUUUUAUGGUAAAGAUGGAUUGAGGUUUUAUACACAGUGGAAGACUGUGACUUCGCUGUGGAAAUCGGACGAUGUUGACUCGUCGCAGAAGAUGGUCGAUAUGCAAAGAAUGGAGUAA